CAUAGUUGCAUAAAUCAAACAUACUGCAUUGUUCUUGGAAAAUCUGUUUCAAUCCUUCAAUCUCCACAGCUACACUCACAUGUAAUAUGAAGAGUCAGUAGACGCGGAAGUUGGCAUGGCCAGGAUUCCAUCAUUUUUCUCAAAUUUGUGCCUCCGCCAGAACCCUAAAUCUCUCCGAGCCAUCACUCCUCAAAUCCGAAACCGAAACCUCAGUCUUGAUCAAUUUAAUGGAAACUCUGAAGAAUUAGCGCAACAACCCCAAAAACCAGAUGAAAUUUUUGCUCAAAAUCGAAUAUUUCCUCUCAAUGAGACCAGUAGACUUUCUGAAGAGUUGAUGCAAAACCCUCAAAAACCAGAUGAAAAGUUUGCUCAAAAUCAAAUCUCUACUGUUAGUGAGAUUGCAAAGGAGGUAUCCAAAUUUAUUCUUUCCCGGCCCCGAUGGGAACAGACGCUUUUAAGUGAUUUUCCGACUGUGAAUUUCGCGGACCCUGCUGUUUACAAAGCGGUCCUGAAACAACAAGAGAGUAAUGUUCUCCUGUCCCUCAGGUUUUAUCUCUGGCUUAGGUCCCUGAGUGGUGUAUCAUUUGACCCAGAUUUAUGUAAUUUGAUGUUUAGUAGGCUUGUAGAGGCGAAAGCUGCGUAUGCUGCAAAGAGUUUUCUUCAUGAUACAAAGUUUGAGCCGGAACCACGGUACCUAGAGUUGUAUGUUAGGUGCCUCUGCGAAAAUGGGCUGAUUGAUGAAGCGGUUGGUGUGUUUGAGCGGUUGAAAAUGAUCGGUUAUUGUGCAUCCUUGGAGACGUGGAACUUGGCUUUGUCACAUUGUGUCAGAACCAGUAGAGUUGAUGUUGUUUGGAGAUUGUAUGGGGAAAUGACGGAGUGUGGUGUUGUAACAGAUGUGGGUACCAUAGGACACUUGAUUCAAGCAUUUUGUUUGGAGAACAAUGUUGCGAAAGGCUAUGAGCUUCUUCAACAGGUUUUGGAGGCUGGGCAUGUUCCAGAUAAUAUCGUUUUCAAUAAGUUGAUAUCAGCACUUUGCAAGAAUGGUAAUUUUGGAACAGUUUCGGCUGUUCUUCACAAUAUGAUUGCAAAGAAUUGUCCUCCAGAUAUCUACACAUAUCAGGAGAUCAUUUAUAGAUUAUGCAAAGGAAGAAUGAGUAAUGAAGGUUUACGUAUCUUUGAUGAAUUGAAGAAUAGAGGUUAUUUUCCGGAUAGGGUCAUGUACACUACCAUGAUUCAUGGUCUUUGCAGAAACAAGGACCUAGGAAAUGCGCGAAAACUGUGGUUUGAGAUGAUUCAGAAUGGAAUAAUUCCAAAUGAAUACACAUACAAUGCUUUUAUUGAUGGGUUAUGGAGGAGUGGCCAUUUUGAUGAAGCUGAGAAGCUUCACAAAGAGAUGGUCGACAGAGGUUAUGGAGAGACUACUGUGAGUUAUAACACCAUGAUAAAUGGCCUAUGCUUGAACGAGAAAGUAGAAGAAGCCCAAGCAUUGUUUGAAGAGAUGAACGAGAAGGAUGUUGUCCGAGAUUCCAUUACAUAUAACUCUCUGAUUAAAGGCUUUUGUUGUCAAGGGAAAAUAACAGAGGCUUUGCACUUCUUUAUUGAACUUAGAAAGCAGGGUUUUCUGCCAUCAACUGCCACACUUACCACAUUGAUUAAAAAACUCUGUGAAGCUGGACAAGUGAAGGAAGCAGAAACAUUGUGGUUAGACAUGCAGAAUAACGGCUUGGAACCAGCAUUUCAUUCUUUGGAUCCAAUCAUAUCUGAGCUGAGCAAACAAGAACGGUUUGCAGAAGCGUUGGAAUGGUUGGGGUGUAUGAUCAAUAAUGGGGUCAGACCAAAGAAGACAACUCUUGAACGACUCGUUGAACGUCUCUCUUUAGCUGAUAGGUCCGAUGAUGCGUUGUUUGUUCUAGGCUAUACACUGAAGAUGGGCAUUGUUCUCAAGCAAAGUAGUUGCCAUUCGUUGGUGGAUAAGCUUUGCAGAAAUAAUUCCCAUCACACGAACACAUUGUUAGGCGAAAUUCUUGAAAGAAGAUGAACUUCUUCAAGUUUUUAGCUUCUCUCAGGACUUGUAUCAAAAGAUUACGACGAAAUUGAUAGGAAAAUGUAUUUUUCAGUUUAUUUUCUUAGAGAUUAUCGUUCUGUAGACAAAGAUUGAGGGAAAUUUAGAGUUGCUGAUAAGUUGGCGACAGACUGCUUACAUGGGACGAGGACUUGGUGAGUGAAAA